AUGCAUCCAUCUGCAGGGGAAGCUGCUGGUAUCCCCUCUCCCAGGAGGCCUCAAAGCCGCGCCAGCACGGGGGUAAGCGAAGGACUGCGCAGCAGGGAGUCUUCCUCUCCCGCCUCCACCGCAAAUGGAAAGCAGCUCCCCGCCAGUCCCACAGGAGAUGCUCGGGAAGAUGAGGCUCUCCCCUCAAUGGCGCACUCUGCAGAGGGGGCCUCACCUACAAGGGGGGGGGCCCCUUGCUCGUUCCAGAGUGUCCAGCGUGCAAAUGCGCCGCUCGCAGACAGCCUGCAUGGACCCUUCCAAGGUGUACCGACAGUGUGCUGGCCCCUCACGACUGCCGAAGCUCGGAAUGCUCCGUGCGCCGCGUUUUCGACUUCCUGCUUGCGGGGAAAUUCCAGGGGAGGCCUCAACAGCAGGGGAGCUCCCCGUAGGACACCUGUCGUGUUGCCCAGUGCAGUGUUUCCCUCUGGCAUGGCCGAUCGAGAAGUUUACACCUAUUUGCCGGAUGUUGAAUUCUGCAGCAGUGCUGACGAGGGCGAAGGCAACUUUCCGCGGGUUCAAAACGGCAGCUUUGUUGGCGGCAGUCGUAGAUCUUCGCCAGCUGGACGGGAAGUGGAAUUUGCUCAUGAGCUUUACAUGGCAGACAACGAAGGGGGGGGUAGACAACGAGGCUCCGAUUCGGUAGAAGCCGCUCUUCUCCCCCUCGAUGGAAUACGAGGCGCCUCUAGAAAUAUUUUGCUUCACAUAUUCUCAGGGAAAGCUUUCCCAGGUGAUUUUUUUGAAUAUGGUGGGGGGUUAAGGAAGGCAGCGUUGCGUGACUCGCAUCUUGUGAGGCGUGCAGACGUGCUGCGUUUUCCGAAGAAGAAUUUUGCGCUUAUGGGAUGCCUUGAUGGACUCUGCGGUAUUAUGGCAGUGGUCGGCGGUGUACAUACAUCAGAAGUUGUACCCCUCGCAGAGCUGUGGACUCGUCUGAUCAAUGGUGGAAAAUGCCUCUUUGGCAUCAGCAUCAUCGUACCGCCUGAAUGCGGCCCAGUCUGGGGAGUGCCCUGUGAUUUCUGCGAAGGCGCAUGGGUGGAAGUGCUUGUCUAUGUUCUAUUCAACUUGAUUUACAACGUCUGCUCAAUGCUGGUACUGAAGCACUGUGGAGCCACUGUGCUUUUCCUCAUAAUGACAGUCCGCCUCCCGCUGACUUCCAUGGCAUUCUACUCAAAGCUUAUCGUGGGAGACAGCGCCGUUCCAGCGAAGGCUACGGACUUUUUCGGCCUGCUCAUCCUCCUUGUAGGGCUCCUCGCCUUCCGCCUGGGUGGACAGAAGUCUUCUUACUUCUCUGAUGAGGAAAUGCUCACUCCCAGGAAUCGCCGAAAACGCGGUCCGUAA